AUGUCUUCGAUCGAUCUAGUCAAUCCUAAGCCUUUCCUCAACGAAUCGAUAGGAAAACCUGUCGUUGUUAAACUCAAAUGGGGUAUGGAGUAUAAAGGACUUUUAAAAUCAGUGGAUCACUACAUGAAUUUUCAAUUGGCAAAUAGUGAGGAAUGGAUUGAUGGUUCAUUCAGAGGAAACCUCGGAGAUUUGUUAAUCCGGUGCAACAAUGUCUUGUACAUUCGUCAAGUUGAUCCAGAAACUGAGGAGAAGGAAUAUAAUGAUCCAAAAGCAACAUCCUCACUUUUGAAACAACAACAACAAGGCAAUGAUGGAAAUGCAACAGUUUCACAACAAAACCCAAUGCAAGAAUAA